UAAUGAAAAAUGUGUUCCCCACUGCUGACACGUGUGUAGAUGUCAAAGACGCGCUCAUCCGUCAACAAAUACCCACAUGACAUUCAAUUGCACUGCUGCGUGUUUCCUAUGCAACAAUGGCUGACGCGUUUAGCAGCAGCUCGGAAACCGUAAUCCAGCGUGUGGUAGACGUCACAGUGAAGACAAAUACGCCUCUGGAGAAACUUGAAGAGUUGUAUCAGAUUAAGGAGACGUGCGACUUCAUCAGUGAGCAUCAGUUUGAAAAAGUUGCGCUGCAGUUCCCUGAUGAGCUGCUGGUGGAUUCAGUUGCAGUAGCAGUGGAGAUUGAGAGAAACAGUAACGCCAAGCCGUUCAUUUUGGGAGAUACAUCCUAUGGCAGCUGCUGUGUGGACGAGGUGGCUGCGGAACACGUUGGAGCCGACUGCAUCGUGCACUACGGCAGCUCCUGCCUCAGCCCGUCUAAGAGGCUGCCGCUGAUGUACGUCUUUGAGCGAAGACCGGUGGAUCUUGAGAAGUGCACCUCUGCCUUCAGAGAACUCCACCCUGACACCCAGAGUCACAUCGUCAUCCUCUAUGAUGUCAACUAUGUUCAUGCUAUAAAUGAACUUAUGACGCUCCUGUUGCCAGAGUAUCCAAACAUUGUCGUUUCAGAACUAGUUGUCGAAGGGGAGCAGUGUUACAGUCACUGCCAGAUUAAAAGACAACACGACGACACCCGCCUGUCAGAGCGAGACAACAGCCAGGUUGUUUAUCAGUUUGGAAGGCGGUUCACCUUGAAAGGUGGUUCAGGCAUCACGGAUUACAGUAUGUUCUAUGUCGGCCAGGAGGGAGCAACGCUGAGAAACUUCAUGAUGACGUGGAAUCGCUGCUCAUUUACUUCUUUUGACCCCGUAAAAAUGACGGGCAGGACUGAGUCAGUGAGUGUCAACCGUGCUCUGAUGAAGCGAUAUUACGCUAUAGAAAGGGCCAAAGAUGCUCAUGUGGUUGGCAUCCUCGUUGGCACACUCGGGGUGGCCGACUACCUCAGCAUCAUCCAGCAGUUGAAGGAGACCAUCAAAGGAGCUGGCAAGAAGAGCUAUGUGUUCGCCAUGGGGAAACUGAACGUGCCCAAACUAGCAAACUUUCUUGAAAUUGACAUUUUUGUUUUAAUUGCGUGUCCCGAGAACUCACUGCUGGACUCCAGUGAGUUCUAUAAACCUGUAGUAACGCCGUUUGAGAUGGAGGUGGCCUGCAACAAGAAGAGGGAGUGGUCAGAGGAAUACGUCACGGACUUUCGACAUCUCCUGCCAGGUGGACAGAGCCAUGUGCCUCUGUCCGAUCACCAGGAGGAGGACGAUGAGACGGACGUGUCUUUAAUCACAGGAGCUCUGCGAAGCCACAAUCUGCUGAGCAGUGAGCCUGCAGUGUCUUCAUUCGGCUCCUCCGUAGUCCUCAGGAACCAGACGCUGACUGUAGCCAACACCAACUCAGCUGCGUCUUUUCUGGCAGAACGAAGCUGGCGUGGCUUAGAGGAGAAGUUGGGAGAGACACCUGUGGUGAAGGCAGUAGAGGGCAGGAGAGGAAUAGCUAUUGCCUAUGAAGAGGAAGGAACGUCUCCGUGACGCACACGAGGACUCUAAGAUUAUUUAAUCAUGCCUGCAGAUAUUAAAUGUGGAUUGUUUUUUUUAAUUAGGAAGCUGAAAGCUGUAAGUAAUAAGUUUUCAUAAAACCAAUAUCAGAUAUCACUAUUUUUCAUCUCAUUACUUUCUGAAUCACAGAAUGAAACCUAUGAUUGCAACAUUUCACACUUGUCCAAAUGUAUUCAUUGUGAAAAAGGGAUUUAAUUUAAUGAAAGUGUUCAAAAGUUGCAUUAAUGAACAAUAUGUGGACCCCGAUUAUUCAAAUGUAGUUGGUUAUGAAAUGGUUUUGGUCGGGGGUUCCUGACCACUUUUCAGCUUUAGCCACUAAUUUAGCCACUGUAUUACCAGCUCUAGUAUCCGUUUGCAUGUAUUUAUAUUAAUGACUGGCCCUUGACAGGAACUUCUUCCACAAAGGAUGCAGGAAAUAUACCAGUGUUCCCAUUACAUUGCCCUUCCAACCAGUCCUGGUUAACUAUUAAAAAAAAAAAGAAAUAGAUUAAAAUCCUAUUUCUCAGACAAAUCACGGUAUUUUUUUUAAAUAUUUGGGAUCUAUAUGGCCAAAAAGAUAGGAGUCUCACCUCUGGAGAGUAAUGUGAUUGUAUCGCCUUGAUGAAAGUUGAGAUCCUCCGGGUUUGGCGACUCAUAGGAAUGAAGUGCCACCAAGGAAACCUCGCUCUGUGGAUUUCCAUCAGUUUGCUGAAAACACAAAUUGCAUAUACAGUGGGUACGGAAAGUAUUCAGGCCCCUUUAAAUUUUUCACU